CACACCAACUGGCUGGCUGGGUGCAGGCGGAAUGGCAGCAGAGGUGGACCCCAGCUAAUCAAACUUGCAGCAUGGCUUUAAAAGUGGACUGCAGAGUUGCAGCCGAAGAAUCAACCCCGCUAGCAGAUGUGGCCUUGGCAUGGAAGAGUCUUCACAAAGCCAAGGAAGUGUUACAGAGGAUUGAAAACAAAUUUGACCAUGAAAAUUGGAAUUAUGCCAAAGCUCAGAAAGCCAGAAGAAAGCUACAAUGCGAAAGGAGUCCCGAAAGUAACAGAGACCAAGAGGAACCCGUUUCAGUUGAAAUCAAGACUGAGGAGAGCUGUCUAUCCUGCAGGGGAAAUUGUGCAAGUGUUUCUCCUGCUUGGCCAGAGAACCGGUCCUUUGAGAGCCAGGCUGUGAGGAAUGAGUCAGCGAGAAUGAUGCAUCUGCCUUGCAGCAGGGAGCCAACCUCUUCAACAUGCAGCCCUGGCAGAAUGGACGUCCAAGGCGGCAGAGCUGCAGCUGGCACUCAGUCUGCUCCAGAGACUCUAAGCAUACUGGGGACGAGGGGCAGUUUUAGUGACCAGGUAAACACAGAGAAGAAGAGCCCCACAGGACAGAUGGAGGGAGCUCCUCGCUCUCCACAGCAUCUGCCCUCUUCCCCUGAGGACAGCAAGCGAGCUGCCCCCUGUGCAGUCUGCAGCCACACUCCCCUGUGCCCAUCAGCCCUGCCUGCCAUGUGCCCCCUUUUUCCCUGCAAUAGUCCCAGUGCUCAGAAGCAGCAGGGACUGAACAGAUCACCCGACAACAAGCUAGAGCGGCUCAGAGAGAGAAUUCGGGAGCAGAAGCAGCGACACCAACGCCUGGCUCAGGAAGCGAAGCAGCCCAGUGCCAGCUACGCCAGGGAACUGCUGCAUGUAGGGCCCCUGAAGAGGAAGGUUCGCAAAGUGGCCUUUGCUCCUCCAGCCCCAGUUUACAGAGGUUUUAGUGCUGUAAAACUGAAGGUUGCUCAUUCUUCUGUGGAUGAGGAGACUGGAAUAUCAGAAUCUGAAGAAGUGGCCACCACCAGACAAAGUGGGGAUUAUAAAAACACGAGUCCAGACCAAAGAGACAGACGCAUGACAAGCAGAAGUCAAAGGCACAAGCAAGAACAGAGUUCAUCCAAGUGUGCUGUCCCUGAGAAAACACUGAAAGAGAAAGGAAGAAAACCCACAUCUGUGUUUGGUUUUCCAGGAUCCAAACUGAUUGGUGCUUCUGCAUGGCGAGAAGGUCAGAAGCUGGUGAAAAAGUUGCUUGGUCCAUCUCCUAAAUUUACAAAGCUGGGGAGCACAUCUGAAGAGCAGAACCCUAAAAAUGACUCUGAAUCUGGUAAAGAUUUUUUAGCAACCCCACAAAUGGAACAAAGAUCUAGAGAAAAUGGUGUUCCUGCUAGAAGUGAUCACAUGCUGAACAGCCCUCCUCAUAAAACCUGUCAGACUACACCCGGCAGUUCCAUUGAAAUUGCCAGCAAUGCACUGACCAGAGAUGCAAAGCAAAUACUAAGGGAUCUACAUUUGCAAAACCAAUCUUGUGAGGAAUACAGAAGGACAAAGCCACAGAAAGAUACCACAACAGGAAAGGCAGAAGAUUCAAAGCCAUAUCCAGAAACCGAUCCUCCUUCAAGUGAAAUCAGCAGCAUCACUCGCUCUGAUUACAGCAGAGACAAGACCAGGUCCUCCUUAAUGAAAGCUGGAAUAGAGCUAAGAAAUUGUCAUGGAGGAAAAAGUGCAUCUCUUCCAAGAAGUAAGGGCUCAAACAGCCCAGGACAGAAAGUGUCUGAGAAGGAAAGUAUUAAGAAGAGGGUAAACGUAGGGAAAGCCCACGCCUACAGCCCAGAAGAAGUGCAUGAAUUUAUGCACAGAAAGGUUGAGGAAAGAAAGAAGAAAACCUUAGAAGAGAAAAAGUCUUUAAAGCAGGCCAGAGAAACAAGAGCUCAGAGAUUGCAAGAGUUAUAUAGGAAACAGAAGGAAGCUUUUGCAAAGAAAUCAUGUUCUGGGGUGGCACAGGCUUUAAACAGGGGAUCUGUUCCUGCAACACAAGGUUCUCAGUAUAAACUUGCCCAAGAACAGACAAUGAAAAGGAGCCUGGAAAGGAAUUUUAUGGAGUGGGUGCAUAAAACGUCAUGUGCUUUAUUGAGAAAUGAGGAGCAGGGAAGCAGUGACUUACAUCCAAAGACAACUCAGCCACCUAAAGCAACAGAGACAUUUGAUUUUCCUUCUUCACUGGCAUCUGAAAGUGGGUUCCUCAGCCCUUUGAACCUUAAAGACUUGGCAGUCAGCCCUCCUACAGCUCAGUACUUGCCUCCCCAGAGCUUUUUCCUUCCACUGAAAACUGCAAAAUCUGACCUCAAGGCCUCAGCUUCUGAGGACACUUCCAGCCCCCCUCCGUACAGAAAUACACAGGAUAGAGUGAAGGCCAUUCACUCCCUAGCCAGGGAGCUUGGUGAGCGGAUUGAGAUGGCAACUGAAAGACUGAGGGGAACAAGCAGGCUACAAGACUCUAACGACAAUGGAGAAGAGGAACAUCUACCUUUAGAACCUCCCAAUUGGUCUUCUCUACGGUCAAAGCCCAAGACACCUAAAAGUGAGGGAAACAGGACCAUGAACAUACAAACACUCCUGGGUGUUCAGAGUCCUAAUGGCGUAUGGAUUUCGUUAGACCAUGCACAGGAUAGCACUCUCGACUUGGGUAGCCCCAAAGGAGCAGAAGCCCAGAAAAGGAAGGAGUGGAUACAGUCUGACACAGCCGCUGUUGGUGAGGAGUUACCGUGGAGUUCCAAUUUGGUGAUGCAUGGGAAAGCCCUGAAAGAUGUAUGGAAAGGUUUUACCAUGAAGAAGGAAUCUGACAUGGAAACGUGCCUAUUGCGAGGAAAGCCAAUAUCCAGCAUAGCCUCUCCAUCUCCCAGAUUCCUCACUAGAAGUCCAGAGAGAAAACCAGCAAAUCAAAGGAAUCGCUCCAUAUUUGAUACUCUUUCUGAAGCUCAGAAUCAAGUGGAAAUUAUUUCAUCCUCUCCUAGACAAAGUCUCAAAACAUCUCUCAGUCAUGGAUUUGAACCCCGCCGUUCUCCAACCAGAAGGAUUGGGAUGCAAAAAGAAUUUGAGGACGACUUUGGCAGAGACCCCAGAUGCAUAGAUCCUGAGGAGAGAUACAGGGAUCACCUUGAAAACAUACAGCAAACAUCUCUGAGGCUGGCUCACAAACUGAAGGCCGAUCAGCUCCAACAGGAAAGGCGGCUGGCUAUCCUGCGUGAGAAAGCAAAGCUAGAAGCUCAAGAGAGCCAGAGGUCUUUGGAUGAGUUGCUCAAGCAUCAGUUAGCGGGGCUGAAUGGCUCCCAAGCCAGCUGCACUGUGAAGGUAAGACUGAAGCAUGCUAAACAAGACCAGAGAAAAUACCAAUUUGAAGGUGAUCCCGAAAGACGUGAUACAGCCGAGGACAGCUUUACAGCACAGUCUCCAAAACAAUCUGCACUGAAAACUGAAAUCAACUGCAAUGUGAUGGAUGCCAUAAAAGCCACCGAGAGAAAAUCCACUGGGGAAAUGAACCUGGAUUCCUCAGCCCAGCAACAAGGAUCCCUGUCUGCAAAGCAUGGGGACUCUUUGCCUAUACAUCAAUCCUUGAAUCCUUUGCCUCUUUCAGUAAAUCAGCCUAACAGCAAGACACUCACAGCAGACGAUUCAGGAGACAGCAGCGAACAAAUGGAUUCCACAAGCCAGUGGAGUGAAGUCAGUCAGUUCUAUGGAGGGUCCAGCACCUUUUGCCGUUUUAGUUUGACGAUGGCCGAGCAGUAUUUGAGGGAAGAAGAACUACGAGCCCGGCACCAGACUGCCCUCCUUCGACUCCGAGAAAAAGCCCUUCAGGAGAAAACCCAGGCAGAGCUGGCCUGGCUGGAGCAUCGGAAAGGCUGUCUGGAUAAUCUGCGAGACAGUGAUGAAGUGUCUUCUGUAGCUGAGAAGCAGCACAAAAUCCUAACCAGGCUGAAGCAAGAGCAGGUGGAAAUCCAGCACCUGCGAAAUAUCUACAGGGCAGCUCACCAGGAGAGAAAGCUGCUGUUAAAACAGCAGAGAGAAAUCUUACUGAUGCAGCAGUCAACAGCACAACUCCAGCAGGCGCUGCAUGGGUUGGCACAAGGGCCACAGUUUACAAACAGCUCAGCAGACGUUGAAGAAGCAAUAAAGCAGAAGACUGGGACAAUUUCCAGUCCAGCAAUAUCCUCCAUGCCAGCAGAAGCUUCUGCAUACUCACAAAGGCCUGUUCUGUCAAGGAAUGGAAACAAUUGUGCCCAGUUAAAUAAUACACUGAGCAGGAAAUACAAGAGCUUUCCUACUGAGAAAGAGAAAACAUCGCUGCAAGGCAGGCAACAGGCAGAGCUGCCUCAGCGGUGGAAGCAAUGGUCGGGUGCACAAGACCCCGUGGUGUUUGAAACAAUGGCCAAGGAACCAUGUGAUUCCAGAGAUAAAAGCACAAGCCCACUUGUGAUGGAUAAAGACUCUGAAAACACAGGUAAUGCUACCUCAUCCUCAGUGCAAGAAUUAAAAAGUGAUACACUGACAAUGGAAAAGGAGCACAGAGUGCAAGGAGAAAGCCAAGAGACUGCAGGAGAAGAUGAAGGCUCAUGCCAUCCGUAUAAGGUUAAUGAUGGUGACAGAGGGUCAGGGUUGAUUUCAGAUGGAACUUCAGCGGUGGAAGCACAGACAGGAAAAGGAAGGCAGUCAGAGGAGCAGAGGACAAAUGUGAACUCCAAACGAGACUCAGACAUCACUUACAUGGGUGUAAAAAAACUCCAGGUGUCUAAAAUCCUUCCACUGCAAGAUGUUCCAGUCAAUGAAGAAGUGAAAGUAUCUGCACCAUAUGAGAAAAAUCCCGCUGAGGACAACCAGUUGAUUAAGCAUGUGGACAAUGAUCUGUGUGAUCCCUCUGAUGAAGAGCAUGCUUUGAAAACAUGUUCAGAGGGACUAGGGUCCACAGUAUCAUCCACUGAAUCACACGACUCCUCUCUGAGAUGUGAGAGCGUAAACUCAUACCACUCCCUCCCUGAAUUUCAUAAAGCGACUGCAGUUCGGAUCAAUGUCUCAGAAAGCUCUGUUUCAGACUCUGAAUUAGAAGCUGAGGACACAGAUAUCAGCCUUCCUGAGGAGUUUACCAUCCAGCAACAGCUAUGUGGUGGUGAUGCUGCUGCUGUGUUUCCUAACCCUUCGACAAAGGCACAGAUAGCAGUAAGUGACAGAAAUGAAUUAUUAUCCAGUGAUAUAUGUGAUGAACAAAUGCCCCACGAUGAUUGCAGUUGUGAGGCCUCAUCGCUCUUUCAUGGCUCUGAAAAACAUCUUGGAGAUGUUUCAGAAUAUGAGUAUGCUUAUGAAUCACAUUCUGUCACUUCCUCAAACAGCGAAAAGCCAACGCUAAGUGCCUCAGGGAGAGAAGAACUAUUUUCCUUUCAGUUCAAUAACACUGAUAAUGGAAGGAGCAAGCCGUACUUGGAAGCUUCAGCUCUACUGCCUUGCUCAGAAAACUGCAGUGUAAACAAGAUCCCCUCUCAGGGAAAAUCUGAGCAGCAUUCAGCUUCAUCAUCCAGCUCCUUAUUGUAUAAUGAUGACUUUUGUACUGAGGAGACCUUUGAACAACAGGGUUCUUCAACUAGCAAAGCUGAAAAGGAUGGUGAAAGUUAUGAUUUAUCUGUUGGUCAGAGUAAAGUAGCGUUCAUGUGGUUUCCAUCCGAAAGUUCCCUGAAGCAUCUAGAUGCUGUUCCUGAGCAGUUCAAUAACUGUGUAUUGCUUCCACCUAAAAAAUCCAUGACAAAUGAACAAAUGCCAUUGUUUCCUGUAGACUCUUCACUAGCUUCCAGAGACUUGUCAGGUUUAGAGGAAGCUAAAACUAAUCAGGCAGAACUUUUAACUGAAGGACACAUAUCCAACAAACCAAACGAAAUUGCAUCGCCACACUUAUCAGUGCCCAUAAGUUCUGAAGAGGCUCCUAUAGAAGCAGAAGUCAGUUCGUUUGACACACAAACCUUUCAGAGGGUGGCUGCACAAAAUCAAAAUAACUCAGCAAGAGAAGGACAAACCUUCAAGAAACCUGAGAUGGUGCCGCCUUGUUCUAUCGCCUCCAAAAAGCAGUUGCCACAAGCAAGACGCUGCCUUUCUGAGAGUGAAGAUGAAAUUAUUUUUAUCAGUGAUGAGGUUCUGCCUCCUAUUGAUGAAGAUACCUUGUCAGAAAUACUGUCUCCUGUUGACGAAGUGCUAUCCUAUGGAAGUGUUGAUUUACCAUCAUCUAAUAAAAAGGAUUUGUCAUUGUACAGUGAGGACCUUCCCACACCCCCGGAAGAGAUAGGUGGGAUAAAAAGUGAGGAUAUUAGCUUCAGCACAGAAGACUUUCCUUCUCCACCAGAACAAGUGACCUUCUCCGAGAGGAGAGAUUCACACUAUUCUCUGAAUGAAGAUGUGUCAGGACAAACAGAUGAGUUACCCUCAUUAGGUGAUAGCGCUGUGCCUGAAGAAUUGCUCCCGCCAUCUUCAGGGUUAAUGGAUGUUUUUUCAGCUCAGGACGGGACUUUCUCUGGAGGUUGUUGGGGUAAAGAAAUUAUUUCAGGUGGAAAGGAGGACUUGUUAGAACAUGUGACAGCGGAAAACGAGACAACACUGCAGCCAUUAGGCUCACUCUGUAUGUCAAGUCCCACUUCUUCAGGUCAAACCAUUAAAAGGCCAGAACAUUUAAAGAAACAAAGCAAGCCAUUUUUAACGCUGUCCAAAGCUCAGGAAGAUCAUGACGACCCAUUAUCAUCAUUUGAAGUUGGAGACAGAGUAUUAGUGAAGCACAUCCAGCCAGGUACGCUGAUGUUCAAGGGGUAUACCUCUUUCGAUGAAGGCUCUUGGGCUGGCGUGGCACUUGACAAACCAGAAGGUGAUCAUGAUGGAACUUAUGGAGGAGUGAAAUACUUCGUGUGCGCUAAAUAUUUUGGCAUCUUUGUCAGACCUGAUCAAAUUUCACAUCUCUUGGAGGAUAAUGAAAAGAGUUCUGAUUACGCCAGGGAUGAAGACUCAUUCUCUGAUGAUGGGUCAUCCAGGGGGGACUACAAACAUGCUGAUGAUAACCAGCAGGGAACAGGAUAUACAGAGCAGAAACCUGAAGACACAUACAGUGCACGGGGUUCAGCACUGAAAGAAGACAAGUCUAGAUCGCACACGUGCAUGCCAUCAGGAAAAGAACACAAAGGACUGUUUCCUACCGAUGAGCAGUAUAUGUCCAAUGCGUUCAUUUGUCAAGCUGACUUUGUAUGUUUAGAAUUAGAGGAGGAAACAACGAAGCUAACACAGAUAAAGAAGGAGACAAAUACAGAAGGUGUGCUUCCAAUGAGAAAUAAAGACAGUAACACAGAAGAAGUAAACAAGAGCAAACAUAUUAGUUGCUUGUUGAAAGACCAAGAAAGAAAGAAACUGGCUGAUGAUAUCUCAAGUGAGCUCACAAAAAAACUUUUGUAUGACACUUUAAGUGCAUUUUCGGAUACAACCGAACACAAAUAUAGAAGUGCCUUUGAAAGAGAACUGCGGAAUCAUGUUAAAGGCCUAAAAAAAGAAGGCAAUCACAGCACUAGCUUAUCAGAGCGAUCAGCUGAAGUUUUGGAUGUCUUACUGUGUGACUUUGACACACUUAGCAUUCAUGGGCCUCACACAGCACAAACAGUAGCAGAAAAAAUUGUAACUAAAUUUGUAGAUGAUGCAGUGAAAGAAUAUAAGAAAAUUAAAAGGAAACAAGGAGCUAAGGCAGACACGAUGUUUCACUUAUCUUCUGAGAUUCCUCAAGGCACUUUGCCAUUCCUUAGUAAGAUCCUCGAUGCUGGUGUUUUUGGAAGCUCUGAAGAUUUUGAUCAGGUCAAUUCUAUCCAACAUACUAAGGAAAUAAAAACUCAAAGGCAAACUCAGCAUAGAUUAGAUCACUGGCACUCAGCUCCUUGGAAGAAAACAAUGGAGGUUCCUCUGGUGGUACCACAUAAUAGUUCACAUGUUAAGAUACUGUCUGCAUGUGCAGUAGAUGAACUAUGGACUCCUCAAAACAUUUGUUCAAAUUCUAGGAGGAUCAAUGUGCCAAAGGAUUUUGAAUGUAAUGACAUCUCAGAUGACGAUCUGGAAGCAGAAAGCAAGAGGAUUUACAAUCAGGUUAUCUUUGAUUUAACUCACGAGCUGCUACACGCAGAAUAUCAGGUGACAGCAAAUCCAAAUCCUCUUCCGUGGCUCAAAGAAAAUUUGGAUUCUCGCUAUUACAGACAUACUUGCAGAAACACAGAUAUCAGUGAGGUCAAAUCAUUUAUUCAGGGAGAAAUUAUUAAGAUAAUGAACUUGGAAAUGAACAGCUUGGAGAUGAAGAGGAAACUCCUUAAUAUGACCAAGUAUGGAAAUUGUAAAAGGGACCGAGUGGAUCUAAUUCUGAUUCAGGAGCUCCACAAAGAAGAAUCUCAGUGGACUGACUAUGCUGAGGAUGAAUUAGCUGUGAAGAUGAGAGUAACUGAAGACAUUUUUGACAGCUUGGUCCUUGAUACAAUAGGAGUUCUUAAAAAGAUCUCUCUCAAAAGAACUUCUGAUUAGAUGUUUCUCUUAGAGCCCACAGUGGUGGAGGUUUUCAGCUCUGUGAGUUUCAGUGCAAUGGUUCCAUAAGCAUAUGCUUAAGAAUUUUCAUUCUGAACUUUGCGUCCAAUACCAGCAUCUCCUGGCUAAGUUAUAUGUUCAUGUUCACAGUGAAAAGGGUGCAAACAAUUGACUCAUAGGGAUGAAAAAAUACCACACACCCCUUAUGCACUGUAGAUAAUGUCUUCAUGGCAGCCCCACAUAUUCUGCUUCAAAAGGCCAAGAAGGGGUCAGCCCAAAGGAGGGGCCACCCACAUCUGUGGUAAGGCAGAUCCAGUGACCCCCUACAUACCUAGAGAGAGGCUGUGGUCAUUGUGGCAGCCUAAAGGCUGGAGUUGCAGCAGCAGCAGCUACGGAGGGGCUCAGCAGCAGCUCUUCACUCUGUCCCUGGAUUGUGGAAGUGGAUUUGAUCUCCCUAACCCCCUCCAAGCUCUCCCUAAUUUCUCAGGAUUUAUGCAGGUGGAAUGGAUUUCAUUCCCAUUUGAUACCACGAUGCCUGCUCUCUGCACUAAUAUCUCACCGUACUGCUCAUGUGCCUUAGAACCAUGCUGUGCCCUCUGCUGGUUGUGCUAAACCCCUCAGUUUCUUGAGAUAGUUAAGAUUAAAUUGGAGAAAGCAAAACUAGACUGGAGCAAGAACAUACUGUACAGAAUGAUCCUGCGCUGGCUGGGGUAGGCAAAUGACCAAGUAGGUACUUCUGUUUUAAUGUCUGUGCUCUUAUGUAAAUAAGACACAUACCAAUUGUCUGUACACUGUGAUGCACUUUAUAUGGGAUACUUCCUAUCAGCAGCCCAGUUUGAUGAAUGCUGUAUAUAUUUAUGAAAAUAAUUAGGUCUUUGGUAUGCAUUUAGCACAUGUGAGUUUGUUUGAAUUAUUAUAAUUCCCCUAAAAAGAAUGUAUGCUGAGCAUGUACGACUUGCCUUGGAAUGGGCAAAAUUGGGAAACUGAGGAAGUAGAGGAGGAAAAUAGAAUGAUCACAUUUCUUGAUCCAGAUUAUCCAGAUAAGGUUUCCAUGUGUGCCCUGUACUUGCAUUUUUUUCAUAUUCAGAGAAGACCAAUGACUUUGUUACUGUUUUAAACAAACAUUGGCCACUAGAGACUAGGCGUCUGAUUUGUUUGUAUAUGAUAUGUUAAUUGGUAUUUUAUUUAAGUUACCAAUAUACAGAAACGGCUUAAAACUGAGGAAUUAAAUAAUUAGUUCAGUCGAUUUAUUAAAUCCUACUCAUUCAGGGAAUCAAGAUAAUUAAUUUGAUAUAAAUUAUAUGUAACUGUUUAUAUUUAAGGCACAAUAUUUAAGAUUUGGUAUUGUUGGUCAAGAUGUAAUGCAAAUGUAUUUUGUGUUUAUAUUUUUAAAUAUAGAUACUUCAUACUGCAGUUUUCAUAUUGAUUUGUUAGGCUUCUGAACAACUUAAAUAAAACCUUUCUUUUUUAACUAUUUUCAUCACAUCACACUGAAUACCAUAUGUCAAUACAUUUAUAUUAUUUUAUUAGUUACCCAUUUGUAUCACAAUAGUGCCUAGCGGCACCAAUAAGAGAUUAAAGUCCCAUUGUGCUAGGAAUUGUACAUCCAUAACAUGAAAAGAGCUUGCAGAUGUGGGCAAAGAUUUGUGCAUGUCUGUAACAUUAUACGUUAUAGUCCUUUUGCACUCACGGAGACUGUUCACAUUGCAUAAGUUAGCAUGUGUGAAAGUCUUUGCAGAUUCAGUCCCGAAGUAAAGCAAAUAGUGGAAUGGGCAGUUCUGACAUUCAGCCGCAAUAUUAAAAUAUAUUCUAUUAGUCAGACAGUUCUGGUGAAAUUAGCAUGUCGUGGGGUACAAGUAGAGGCACUACCACAGAAACACACAUUCUAGGCCAGAUCCUUAGCUGGUGUGAAUCAGCAUUGCUGCACUGACUACAGUGAAGAUGUCAAAUUAUGCCAGCUAAGGAGUUGGCUGGACUUUCUCGUGUUUAAAUUCUCAUUCUUAACGUACCACUAAUGGAGCUCUCAGUUAAAAGUGCCCAAGCCAGAAUUGAUAUCAGCAAUGCACAGGUGUUCACCCCAGUGUCUGGGUUGCACUGGCUCCAAAAAAGGCUAACCAUCACGUCACUCUCCUCCAAUGCAGUGCUACUGUAGACAGCAAGUGCUGAUGUAAUAACCCCAGCACUGCAAACUGCCCUCCCACCCUCAUCCCGGAAGGCAUCAGGUAUUUCCCCAACGAUUCUGUUGGUACACAGAAAGAGUUGCUAAAGCUCCCACAAGCCACUGCUUUGGGAAGCUUUGAUGGGAACUGUUCGAUAAAUACCAAGAGGGAAAUACAUUGCAAUUUUUUACUAGAGAGCUAUGUGUGAGUGCAGGAUAGUACUUGCAACCACAACAAGAUGGCUGUCAUGGACUCUGACACCAUUCCUGUUUACAUGCAUGCCAUCCUACUGGUUCAGUUACAGGGUUUAGAUUCUCUACUGUAGAAACAAGCUUUGGGACCAGCUACCCUUUCCUGUCACCACAGUAACCUGAUCUCUGCCCUUUGUACCUAUUGAAUUUAAAACUCUUGAGGGUGAAGGCUCUAACAGAAGCCUAUCAGGAUUGGAAGGGACCUCAGGAGGCCAACCCCCUGCUCAAAGCAUGACCAAUUCCCAAUUAAAUCAUCCAACAGAUUUUUGCCCAAUAUCCCUAAAUGGCCCCCUCAAGGAUUGAGCUCACAACCCUGGGUUCAAGCAGGCCAAUGCUCAAACCACUGAGCUAUCCCUCCUCCUGAUAUGGAAAAAGGAGGGACAGAGGAAGAAGAGAAGCAGCUAUGUGUGCUGAACAUUUUGAAUCCCAUUUUGAACAUCUGGCUGAGGGAUGAGUGUCCCUGAGUCGUUUCUGACAAAGUGAGGCAGCUUGGAAGAAUGUUAAUGCUACAAUAAAUGUGAUGGUAAACCACAUGGCCUUCAGUCCUAGCUAGUUGCAACUGGACCACAUAUAGAAGUUGCUGAGUCUGCUACAGCCUUGGCUAACAGUACAGGGCCUUUUAACUUAGGUAGAAGAGGCUCAUGCUUUGGUUUCCCAGGUUCACUCCCUGAUGCCAGCGACCCACCCAGGGUGCAGUGUUGCAUGCCCUCUGCCCUUUUGGGGAGGUUAUUUUUUCCUAUUUUUAUCCUCAUGGUAAUUCAGCUUUUUGUUCCAACAACAAGGUUUUCUUAUUGUCAGUACAACAGGGUUUGGCCUUCCAUGCUUGUCUUCCUGCACAAAUGGCUUUGACACCUCUGGUUUGUAACCACUGUUGUGUAUUUUAUUUGUGUUAUAACAAUGACCACCACCACCCUUACAGCCUCAUGCAGCAAUUCUAUUUACAGUGUCACAGAAUCAUCAUCCCCUUUUGACAGAGGGAGAAGAGCUUUCCCUUUACCCUACCCAGUGCUGGUUGGCUAUACACUUCCCUUCCUCCCCCAAGCACCUCCUUCCUGUGCUCUUUUUAAACUACUUCCCUGCUACUUCACACCUUAACUUCCUAACCCCAGUCUAGCCUAGUAAUCAGCACACCCCUGACUAGCCAGGCUUUCUCUGGAGGAACCUAAUUGGUGCUAAUAGUGACCAGAGUGCUGGCUCAAACUCCAUCUCUUAGCACUCUGUGAGUUAAUAACCCAUCUAGCUGACUGGGACAGUUUGCUCCUGCCCUGGUUUUACAGCCAAAUUGUUGGGUACAGUAACACAUCUAUAUAUUGAAGAACAGAGUUUUCUCAAAGUUUACUUUCUUAUUAUUUAGUACCAGCAUCAUCAAGAUUCCUGUUAUACAGUUAGCAAUAAAGAAGUGUUUUUUGAGUAUAAUUUAUAUACUUGAAUGAGUGCCUCAAGGGCUUGGUUUAUUUUAGAGUAUUCAGAUUGCAGGCCUGUGUGUUACACUUGAGAGAGAUGACCGUUUACAGCAGCAAUCAGGAACCUAAGUGAAGCCUGAACCUUUGCAGGAUAGCUAUAUAUAGAGGAAGGACAAAGCUAUAAAGUAACUGCUGCUUGAUGGGAAUAAAAAGUUUAUACACAGAACAUGUCAGACAUGUUUAAUAUCCUCCACCAUUAUGUGUACAAAGCCUUAGACUUUGGCACCCAGAUAUAUUGACCUGUUCAGGCAGUGGCAAGACUUCAAUAUCAAGAUUACUUUAUUUCAAGGUCUAAUAUUUUGCUUGCCUUGGUUUUGAUCAAUAUUAACCUCCUGGGUCAAUAAAUCUUGAUACUAGCCUCAAGAGAAGUCAUUAUCGUUCAUAGAAAAUGAUUAUUUCUCAGUUAAACCCUACAUUUAAUUUUCCUGUAAUCCAUCUCUUUCAGUCUCACACAUUUAACAAUUCUUCUUCUGAAUAAAAUGCAUUCUAAAAUACCUUAAACAUCACCGAUUUAAAUUCCUCGUUAGCAGCAACUAGGAGAUUCUGAUUAAUUUAGACUCCACUAUUGAAACAAUCUCAUUUUGUUGCAUUGGAUAUACAAUAAAAAUAGAGUCAGACAAUUCUUUGGAUCAAAUUAAAAGAUGACAUAAAGAGGGGCGUAAGUUACAAUUCUGUAAGUAGAUGUAAAGGAACAUAGAUUGCUAAGGGGUGGCAAAGAAGUGACUAGCAGGUGAAACAAUUAACAGGAAAGUAAAGGAUAAAUCAAGGGGUGAUGCCAGCAUUGAUGUUAUCUCUGAAUUUGACCUGUUGAAUAUUUAAGGUACAGCAGCUACAAACAACUAAUAUAUAGCAAAAAGGGCUAUAUGGAAAUUUGUUCUCAAAAUAUAGAUCUAGCCAAAUGCAAAAAAGUAUCUGACAUCCCAAGAACUUUUGCUCAUUUCUAUUUCGGUGAUGGUGAAACUUCAGUGUUGAACAAUGUUUAACUUCCAGUCGGCCCAUAAUGCCGUUCUCCACUGUCCACCUUCAUGCUUUCUCCUACGCUGCCCCUCAUGCUUGGGAGAAACUCCCUGUAAACAUCUGCAAAACCAACUCAUUAUCUUCCUUGCCAACAAACAGACUACAAAAAAACUGACAGGGUUAAGGCACCUGGUGUGCUGAGACCCCUGCCUAUCACACCGACCAAUAUUGUCUUAUUGUUUCCUGUACUGCUUGUUGGUCCAUCUGUAUUCUUCUGUUAUUUUCUGUCUUAUGCUUAGAUUGUAAACUCUUUGGGGCAGGGACUGUCUGUUCUGUUUGUACACCAGCUAGAACAAUGGCCCAGGAUUAGAGCCUUGAGUCUUUACGAUAACAAAUAAUAAUAAUCGUGUAAAGAACACUUUCAAAUAUGCACAAGGAAUUUGUGACUGGACUGAGAAUCGCUAUCCCUAUUAGCCCUAACACAGUGGGGAUUAGAUUCACAAGUACACACCUGAGCUGGUUGUAUGAGAAGUUUCAGAAGCAGUGGAAGGUCGAAGGAAUGAAGCUCAUUUCUAUUAGUUAUUCUCCUCCUUCCUGGCAUUUCUGUAGUUUGCACAGGAGCGAAUUCCACCCUUUAGAAGCAGCCACAGAGCCCAGCCCAAGGUCUAUGCCCGCAAAAUAGGAUGUAUAGGCCCUUGGAUUGGUCCUCUGUGAAUUUUACCCAAAGUUGUUGGUUUUUUUAUUCUUUUGGCUUGACUAUACAGGGAAAUUGACCAGCAGCACUAUAGUGGUAUAAUUAUACCACUAUAGCAAUGUUGAUAUCGUCCCUCCCCUCCAUGUGGACACUGUUCUGGAGCAAAAUCACUUUUUUCCAGAAUAGUGUGUCCACAUGAGGAGUUAUACUGGCAUAGCUACAGCAUUAUAAUUAUGCCACUAUAGUUCUGCCAUCCAGUUUCCUCAUGUAGACAAGCCCUCAGGGUUCUGCAACAAACUGCCUAUCUGCUGAAAGGGUCAUUUUAUUGCAGAGUCAGCAUCCAUAGUUUUCUUGCAUUUACACAGCUUGCAGAGCCAUAUGUUUUCAGCCAUGUUAUUCCCCAUUCUUUCAUCUGGUCCAUUUCACUUUGCUUCACUUUUUUGCUGCAAUUAAAAUACAUUCCCUUACCAAAUAUCCAGUCAAAGGACAUUGCAUGCACCAAAUCAAAAGCAUACAGACAAAUCCAAACAGACAACCCAAUUCUACACAUUUAUUCAUGAGUUGCAUUUGUGUAAGUGCU